CUUAAGUUAAAAUGGCUGAACAAAGACAACGUGCACUUUCUACAUCUGGAGAAGCACUUUAUCAAAUUCUAGGCCUCGAGAAAGGAGCUUCGCAUGAAGAGAUAAAAAAAUCUUAUAGAAAACUUGCUUUGAAACACCAUCCAGACAAAAAUCUUGAUAAUCCAGAUGCGAGUGAUAAAUUCAAAGAGAUCAACAAUGCUCAUUCAAUACUGUCAGAUAUAACCAAACGAAACAUUUAUGAUAAAUACGGUUCACUGGGACUGUACAUCGCUGAACAGUUCGGUGAAGAGAAUGUGAACACAUACUUCAUGUUGUCUAGCUGGUGGGCAAAGGGCCUUUUUGUGUUCUGUGGGUUGAUCACUGGCUGCUACUUCUGCUGCUGCCUCUGUUGCUGCUGUAACUGUUGCUUUGGUAAAUGCAAGCCCAAGUCCCCAGAGGGUGAAGAAUAUGAGUACUAUGUCUCACCAGAGGACCUGGAGGAACAAAUCCGCACAGACAUGGAGAAUGAUGGGGACAUUCCAGUUGUGCUGCAGCCUACAAAUGCAAAUGAGAAAACUCAGCUCAUUGGCGAUGGCCGACGUAGCUACAACACAGAUGGGUAGAAUUUAAAAGAGCAACAAGUUGUGCUGAAAUUCUCAGCAACUGUUACGAUGUGGACAUGCCAUGGAGCGUGGUUGUAUUUUCUGUUUGGUAAAUAACAUUAUCAACUAUGGUCUUGAUAUUACACAAACAACCACCAUCACUAGUUACCACACGGUAAAAAGCAAUUUGAAAACCCUAUCUUCAAG